AGAAAUGCCUCAUAACUGGUUAAAAGAGCAAGCUGAUUACUAUGAGGAAGUCUUAACUGACUAUCAGGCCAAAUAUUCUAGAUUACAAGAGCUUAAGAAAAAAAUGCGAUGCCAAAAUAACAGAGUGCAGCCAAAAGAUGGAUGCAAACAGAAUUGCCUUGUUCAAAUUCCUGGCUCAUCUAAAAAGAAGGAGUUAGUAAAAAAUGAUAUAAUAUAUUUGCCCUUAAAUACACUUCCUGACAA